CAAGGUGCACUAAGAUGGCGUCGUCUGUAUCAAUGUGUCGGAGCGUCGCAGGAGGAAAAUCUAGUCAUAAUUUGAACCAUUUCACAAUGAACAUACUAACGUUUCUUUUAAUAUUAUGUUUGCCGUUCACAUCAUGCCAGGAGCACAGAAUGUACGUGGACGUGAAUAAUCUGAAUCUCCUUGUUGAUGAAACACGGCUGUUUAAACUUGUACAAAUCGGUGAAUUUAAUUCGACGAUUCAAGUGCGAUCGCAAAUCCAACAUCCAGAACUAGUGCAAUUCGUCCCCCCCGUCAUCGAGAUACCCGCUUCCAGCGAACCCAACGACUCAGUUCGCUUGACAUACGAUAUAUGCGCAUAUGGAAAGAGCCCGGGACAUUCCGAAGUAGCGUUCAAUGUUACGCCAAGUGGUGUGGUUAACCUCGACUCUGUAUUCGUCUUGGUAACAGUAAUGCAUUCAAACGCGAUUUACAUUAUCUCGUAUAUAAUGGGCUGGAUCUACUUCGCCGCCUGGUCAGUUUCGUUCUACCCGCAAAUAUACAUCAACUUCAAGAGGAAAAGCGUCGUCGGACUCAACUUCGACUUCCUUGCGCUCAAUAUCAUGGGAUUCACCAUGUACUCCAUGUUCAAUUGUGGAUUGUACUUCUCGAAGGAGUUACAGGGUGAAUACUUCAGUCGUCACCCACGCAGCCUCAACCCCGUGCAGUUGAACGACGUGUUCUUUUCUCUGCACGCUAUGGUGGCCACCAUGCUCACCAUCGGGCAGUGCCUGGUCUAUGAGCGGGAGAACCAGCGAGUGUCAACAUCUGGUAGAAGUAUCCUGGCGGGCUUCUCCGUGGUGGUGGUGGUGAGUGCUGGUCUCGCCUCCGCCAGCACCAUCCACUGGCUGGACUUCCUGUACUACUGCAGCUACAUCAAACUGUGCAUUACUCUCAUCAAGUAUGUCCCGCAGGCCUAUAUGAACUACAAACGCAAAUCAACAGUAGGCUGGAGCAUCGGUAAUGUAGUGCUAGAUUCCGUUGGUGGCUCUUUGUCUAUACUGCAGAUGACGCUCAACGCGUACAACUACAAUGACUGGAUAUCGUUCUUCGGUGACGUCACCAAGUUUGGUCUGGGGCUAUUCAGUCUCAUCUUCGACAUAUUCUUCAUCUUGCAGCACUAUGUCUUCUACAGGGAAGUGCGGUAUAUCCUGCUUCCCGGCACAAACUCCAAAUACGAACGAGAGGACAACGACUGUCAUAACACGGGUGUGACUUCUGAGGGUUAUCAAGAACAAUCCAAUCAGGAUAUCUAGUUUGCUCGCUGAGGAAUUCUGAUCCUUUGUUGGUUGAGAGUUAGGUGUCACAUGCGAUAGAAUGAUUGGAAGAAGUACGAGAAUUUCGUAUUUCAGAAUCCUGGUGAGGUGUUACUGCUGUGAGAAGGUGAUGUUUAGCGUCGGGUGAGAAGCAAGUGCUCGUCUUGUGAACGAUGAAGAUUGCAGAAAAAUACGAGAAAGGCUGGAGAAUAGUGAAAUGCUAUUAAGAUAUUUGACUUUCAUACACAUAGUAAUUUAAUAAUACAAAUCAUAUGUAAUUUAAGAGAUAGAAUUAAUUUACUUACUUAGUUAAUUAUUGUUUAUGCUAAUUCUAUUUUCAAAGAUUUUGUACGAGUAUGGUUUACUUUUCUUUUUGUCUGCGGGUAAUUUGUCUGUGACAAACAAAGUCACAGGAGAAAUUCACUGCAUGUUUGUGGGUUAUGUGAUGGUGGAAUUAAGUGGCAGGAGUCAAGUCAAACAGCUCCAUGGAAGGCGGUAGAAUAUUAUCGAUAUCUCGAUAUUUAAACGUUGUUAAUUCGCUCAUAGGCUUAUCAUCAGGGGCGUGCAUUGGUUUGCUAGCAAGGUAGGCACUGUGGAUCUAAUUUGUUGUAGUUGAGCUUUGGAAUAAGCAAAGAUUGCUUACUACAGGUAUUUAGUAUCUAGCGUAAGGAAAAAAUUGUGGAGUGGGUGUUGAAUAGAAGUUUGGUAAUAAAAUAACGGCACCAAAUUAAACUAAAUUGACUUUAACUCAAGUGCUAUAUUUGUUUAGAUUUAUAACGAGGUAAGCACUGCCUAAUUGCCUAUAUCAUAUGCACGCCCCUGCUUAUCAUAUUACAUUGUUUUUCUAGCCCUACUUGCAUAAGGUUGUUUAAGUUUGCUCUUGAGUAAUCAAACUACAUAUUAUGUGCAAAUGGAUUUGAAAAAUAUUUCAGCGUUUAUAUGUAUGUAGUAGUCUCGAAUAGUGGACAAUUUGUGUAGGUACAAUUUUUAUUUUAAUGCGACGAAUUUAUUUAUUGAUUUUGCUUGUUAAUCUUGCAAUUUUAAAAUAGAGGGAUAUUUAACAAAUAAAUAGAUUAAAAUUUUAAUUGAUAUUAUAAAUAUAGCUGAAUUGCUUUUUAGUUAAAGGAUUAUUAAGUUUUUGUUUUUUACUUAGGUUAUUAUGGUUAAUUUGACAUCAUGAGUCAAAGUUAUGUUCCUGAUAGGAUAAUUACGCAAUUGAUAACAAUUCAAAUAACCCACAGAGCCGACGGUCGUAGUUCAGGCGAAACGGAAAGUAAAUACAACCCAUAGUCUUGUUUUCUCGCAUCAUGUAAUAAUAUUCUAAGUAAUGCACUCACUCACAAUACAAGUAAUUGAACAGUAGCGUAACUCAGAGGUGUCCUCGAUUUUAUACCUAUGUCGGGGCGGAGCGCUAGGGUUGGUACAUACAAAAAGAUUGAUGACAGCAGCGCAGCUAAUUAAACUCGGACAGCAACCAAUCAGCGGUGGCGACGCACUUGUCUUCCCAUGAUUGCGUAUGUCAAUCGUGUGUCUGUGUGCGUGCGUCGAUUCGUUCGCUCUAGUAUUUAUUUAUUCAGGAACAAAACGAUCUUUUACAAUCGGUCGGUUACAAAUAUACAUAAACUAGAAGACAAAACAGUUCCAUAAAUUAAAUACUGAAAAAAACAAAGAUAUUUUAAACCAAAACUGAAUAUUUUAAAAUUAGAACAAAAAAAACCGAAAAUUUUAUCACACCUGGUGUUAAGUGAUCACCGCCGCCCACAUUCUCUUGCAACACCAGAGAAAAAAUAAUUACGGGUCCCAAAUCGAAAUAAAAACUAUCUAACUCUCAAGUUGGACCAAACUGCACUCCAUGAAGUAAUCCCCAUUAAAAUCCGUUCAUUAGUUUAGGAUUCCAUCGCGGACAAACAACGUGUCACGUAAUUUAUAUAUAUUAAGAUAUAAACAUGAUCACGCAUGCGAAGUAAAACAUUGUAAACGUUAAAUUUAUCUAAAUGUGAGUUGUAAAUUAAUUUUUAGUAGUUUUUUAAUUGUGUUUAAAUGUACAUGAUCGUUUUUAAUUGGUCAAUAAUCAUAUUAGCGACUCAAUUAUCUCUUAUAAUACUCUUAAAUUCAUAAGAUUUUAUCAAAAAACAAGCAAUAUAGGUUUGUAUUGAGAUAACCUUACAUCUCAGUUAUUAUCAAUCAUUAUUAUACAAUACUGAUAGCUAAUCCUACUAUAAUGGAUAAUGUACUGAUUAUGUAUCGCGUAUAUAUGUAUAUGAUAUUAUUGGGUAUAAUCCGAUUUCAAUAUUAUGUUAAUAAAUGGCAAUAGAUAGAGCAAUAAAUGUAAGAUAUGAUAACUACCUCUAUAAUUAUUAUAAAUUUUAUGUUAUUAAUAAAAUAUUGUAAUCUG